UGCGAGUAAUAUCAACCGCUUUUCUCUUUUUUGUGGGUUAUAAGGGUUGCAAGGUUCACCCUCGGCAAGGAUUGCAAGGUUCACCGUCCAGAUGAGUGGGUUAUAGUUCCAGGAAACAAUCAGGAAAAGCAAUGUCUCUCUUUUUUGUGGAGUCUUGUACAGCCAACACCGCACCACACACACACACAGAGAGAGAGAGAGAGAGAGAGAGAGAGAGAGAGAGAGAGAGAGAGCAAUGUUAGUUGUUCUUAGGGUGAAAGAGAUCCUACCGAAGAAGUUGCAGACUGUAUGCGGGCUUUGGCAAAGCGUCUGAGGACCUGAGGUUCUUCACCCCGCGCUCUCUUUCGUUCGGAGCUUCUUACUCGUCACGCAGCCGCUACCAUGGCCGGUCUAGGUAGCAGCGGAGGCUCGGGGGGCUUGAUUGGAGUAGUUGAAGGGGAUCCAGACGCGGGGCUUCGAGGAGUCAGCCGCUCAGCUUCUGAAGGCGCAUUGCCAAGUGCUGUGCUCGAAGACUGCAGCUGUCGGGAAGCAGCUCUCGCUCGGACGGCCGUCCGCACCUCUAGGCGUCUGUUUCUCUCACAAGUCUCUGUCAGUGAGAGGUUGCUUCUGCCGCUGUUGAUGGUUGCUAUGUGCUGCAGUCUGGACGUGACACUCAGUGCUGCAGGAAGAGGAGGAGGAGGCGAGCUGAUCAGCACCGUUGAAGCCGCUGUUAAAGCCGAGGGCCGCUUCGGAGGACCGGACCCAUCGCCCUUCGCAGGCAAGCGUUCGAGUGAGCGCAUCCACAACAUAGUCGUGCGUCCCAACGCGUCCGGGCUGUACUACCUGGUCACUGAAAACUGUGGCAUGCAGGAGUUCUUCGGCAGUAUCUUUCUCCGAUCAAUCAUGGCAGUCAGCUUCGAAGGCAGACCGGGCAGUAUGGUAAGCCUCUCUCCGGCAGCUCAGCCAUCGCAGCCCAGUCCUCUUGUGCAGGUCAGCGUCCUCAGUUACGUGUGGCCUGUCGCCAGUCCGUCGGGCCCCCCUCCUGCUUCUGCACCUAUUGCUGGCAAUUGGACGGAACUAGAUUCGCUGGCCAACAUUUACACUGCAGCUCUGUCGUCUGACGGAAGCCAUCUGAUCAUGGGUGCCUACGCCUCUGGACUCAUAGAGAAAUCCUGGGUGGUCUCCUUGGAUGUCAUCUCUGGAGUUCGCCUCUCCACUCCAGUGAGCCUAGGAGAGAUCUCGGGCCUGGCUUUCAGUCCCAACCACACGGCUCUGUACAUGGCCGACCCGCUCAUCCCGCCCCGGGUUCUCGUGGCUGAGGUCGCUGCUUCGACUCCUCUUCUUCCUGCUUCGCUGAACACCACCGUUUUCCUUACGCUCAGUCCUCCCAACUUCACCAGGCCAGUGUUUGGCCCCUACAGCUUCGCCGCAGACGGGAGUUGCCUGUACUUCCUGGACGGCAGGCGAAACAGAGUGUGGGCGUUUCACAUAGCCUCUCGCAAACUGAUACCUCUCUACGGAAGCGGGCUACCUCUCUUGGGAACCGAGCUUCCCUUCCCCUCGGGAAGUACGGAGUCUCUGAUGGAGAUUGCCGUUACAUCGGACGGUCGAAAUGUCUUCUUCACAGACUUGGGCGGCGAGCUGCAUCUUGUCGCUCUCGACUCCGCGUGUGGCAGUCCUCUGUCCAACCAGAUCGUUGCCAGGCGGCCUACAAAGGGCAUGUGGGGCUUGGCGAUCAGUCCUGACGACAAGUACGUGUACGUAGGAACCCGGGAUGGGCGCAUAUUAAAGCUAGACUUAGGCCAGCUCCCCUAGGGGCUAGAGCCACCUUGCUUGGCUCGGCCUUGCGGUUGCCCCAAAAU